AUGACUCUAGAGCAAAUAAAACUAGAAAUUAAAAAUCUCACAACAAUUUUUAGCGUUCCUCCAUGGAAUUUAAUAAAAGAUUACAGUUACAACCUUUCAUUGACACCAUUACGAAAGAAUGAUAUAUAUUUCUUCGAAAAAUAUUCAGAUCAACUCGCAGAUUUUCAACCAUCUUAUAUGAAAACGAUAUAUGAUACAACAAAUAACUUAAUCUGUCAUGUAUACCAUCUUUAUGACAUGUAUGUUACAUACUCAGGCUGUUUUUCGGAUGGCGUUCAUUUAAUUCAACCAGAUAACGAAGGGCCUUACGAAAUUCGAAUGACAAAAGACGGCCCUGUAAUUGACUACUAUGAAAACGUCAUAGCCGUUGGUCAUUCUCAAAUAAUGAACUACGGCCAUCAUAUUAAUGAUUUUUUAAGUCCAUUGAUGAUAAUUCCAGAAGAAAUACAGAACAAAUCAGUAAUAGUAGGAUACGGUUUGAAGAAUCUUGUUCUCGAAACACUAAAUGCCUUAGGAUUUGAAAAUAAAAUUAAAUUUUUAGAAGAAGGUCAAUGGAUAUUCGCCAAGAACUUAUAUGCAUGUGCAAGGCCACGACCACAUCUAUCUCAUUUCGGGGUCCCUCAGUUAGAACUCUCAAGAAAAUUAAGAAAAUUUUACAAAGUUGACAAAAUUGAGCCAACAAAUUACUAUUUGUCAAACAGAAAUACUAAGAUAAGAUCGAUUUAUAACUUUAAUGAAUUAUUUGAAGCAGCAAAAACAAGAUUUCCAGAAAUUAAAUGGAAAACAGCUCCAGACCUCAUUUUGACUGUCAGAGAAACAGCACUAAUAUGGUCUAAAGCAAAAUUCAUGUUCACUGUCACAGGAAGUAACUCAAUGAAAGCGAUUUUCAUGUCAUCUGAUUCAGUUUUUGUGGAUGUGAUUGGAAAUUUGCUUGAUCCACCAAUUAUUAAGUGCUUCUUGUCUGUUGGUGUUAAAGUUGUUAUAUUUUCUAUUAAAAAUAUGAAACAUUUCGAAAUUUCAGAAAAUAUAGUUGACAUUCCACUGGCAAUGAAGGCAUUUGAGACAGCUAUUUACUAUAUCAAUAAUAAGAAAUGGCCUCCAACAUCAGAUGGCAUUUCUUUUGUUUGUUAA